AUGGAUGACGAGGAAGGGAGGUUAUUCAGAUGUAGAAGGACCUGCUGUGAAAUGCUAGAAGACCGUGGUUACUUCAUUCCUGUCCAAGAAAAGUUGGAAACAUUCGCAGAAUUUAAAGCUAGAUAUGAGAUGCAUGAGAAAGUGCGUUCUAAAAUGUUACUAGUUGCAUCCCAGAGGACAGCUUCAGAAAAUAAAUUACUGGUUUACUUCGCUGAUGAGAAGAAGAAAACAGGUGUAAAGCCCAUCAGAGAACUUACUGAGCGUAUGGAAGACCACGAUAUACACAGAGCCAUUUUAGUAACUCAAAAUGUUCUAACUCCUUUCGCUAAAGAUGCGAUAAUGGAGGCAUAUCCCAAGAAUAUAAUAGAGAAUUUUAUGGAAACUGAGCUUUUAGUAAAUAUAACUAAGCAUGAGCUGGUACCAAAACAUAUUCCUCUAACGAUGGAAGAGAAACAAAAUCUACUCCAGAAAUACAAGGUUAAGGAGAGUCAGAUUCCUAGGAUUCAGUCUGCAGAUCCAGUAGCAAGGUACUUUGGUCUAUCAAAGGGACAGGUUGUUAAGAUCAUUCGACCAAGUGAAACAGCUGGAAGAUACGUCACAUUCAGACUAGUCGUAUAA